CACUUCUUCUCCUGCCUGUGGGCUGGAAGGGCCCCUGGAGCCUUUGAAGAGAUGCUGCUGUGAAAGCCAUUGUCCCAAAGGAAGAGCCGGGAGCUCCAGGAGCUGCUGGUGCUGCUGCAAGAGGACACAGGCAAGGUGUGUUUUCCAGAGGACCUUUGGCUCGCCCCUGUGCCAGGCGCCAGCCCUGGGAUGCAGCCCGUGGCCCUGCAGAGCCUGUCCGAGCUGGAGAGGGCCAGUCUGCAGGAGCUGGCGCUGUUCCAGCUGCAGGAGAGGCUGCCCGUGGGCCACCUCAGUCUGGACAGAGAUGGCUCCAAAGGCAUGAAAUCCAUCCGGCAAAAGCUGGAGAGCUUCUCCAAGGAGAGGAAAGUGGGCACCAGCUGCAUCCGGGCACCCGACGGGGCCUGCCCAGAGGAGCCGCUUUCCCCAGUGCUGGUGGACAAGGGCUCCUGGAGCCAGCGGAGGGGGGCCAUGUCCGUGGAUUCCAUCACGGAGCUGAGUGACAACACCUCCGAGCUGCUGGAGGCCCUGCAGCUCUCACACCCCCAUGAGCUGGACCCUCGCAGGAGCCGCGGCAAGAAGAAGCAGCUGAGCCUGAACCCCAUCACCUGGCAGGUGCCACGGAUUGUGGACAGGUGCUGCACCCACCUUGAGACUCACGGGCUUCAAACUGUUGGCAUCUUCCGUGUUGGAAGCUCCAAGAAAAGAGUCCAGCAGCUGAGGGAAGAGUUUGACCGAGGGCUGGAUGUUUUCUUGGAUGAGCAUCAAAGUGUUCAUGAUGUGGCUGCCCUGCUCAAAGAGUUUCUCCGGGAUAUGCCUGAUUCCCUGAUUCCCAGAGAGCUCUAUGGAGCCUUCCUCAGCACAGCCAGCCUGGAGGGGCAGGCCCAGCUGGACACGCUGCAGCUGCUGCUGUUCCUGCUGCCCCCGUGCCACAGUGACACCCUGCUGCGCCUCCUGCGCUUCCUGGCCCGGGUGGCGCGGCACGCCGAGAGCUCCUGGGACCCCGAGGGCCGCCAGAUCCCUGGGAACAAAAUGACAGUGUCAAACCUGGCUACAGUCUUUGGUCCCAACAUCCUGCAGAAGGAGAAGCCUGGAGAGAAAGAUGCUGGUGCCCUGAACUUUGAGGACAGUGCUGCCAUAAUCCUGGUGCUCCAGAGGCUGAUUGAGCACCACCACUCCCUGUUCAUGGUGUCCCCAGAGAUGCAGUGUGACGUGCUGAGGAGGCUGUUCCAGACAGACCCCGAUGUCAUCGAGUACCUGCUGCGCAGGAAGUUCCCUGACGUGCCGAGCCCAGAGCAUGAGGAUCCCGGGGAGGAGCUGGCUCUGUCCACACCGCCUGGCUGGACACACAGCCUGGAGCGCGGCUCGGUCUGCUCGGAGCUCUACAGCAGCGUCUCCUUCCUAAACCUGCAUGUUGGCAUCUAGCCCUGCCCAGGCUCUCUGGACACAACCAGGCAGCUUUUCCCACAAACCCCAGCCCUUCCUCACUGUGGGGGCAGCCCCUGUGCCUGUGCCCGGGGGGCAGAGCUGCACUCGGGGGUCACCUGCCAGGCUGGCACCUCCCUGCGGGUGCAACACUGCCACAUCCUCAGCACAGCCCUCCCUGCCACCCCCUCCCCACAGCACCCUGGGAAUGGAGUGCCAUCCCUACACCUGCAGGGAGGACAGGCUGAGGGAGCUGGCACUGCUCAGCCUGGAGAAGAGACGGCUCAGAGGGACCUUAUCCAUGUAUCCAAAUGCUUUUGUGACGGCCUGGAGGGACAGGACAUGGGGAAUGGCUUCCCACUGCCAGACAGAGAAAUUGGGAUAUUCAUGGGAUAUUCAGCGAAGUUCUUCCCGUGAGGGCGGUGAGGCUCUGGCACAGGCAGGGGCACCUUCCCCUGCACCAGGCUGCUCCAAGCCCCAUCCAGCCUGGCCUUCUGGCCUUGAACUUUCCCAGGGAUGGGGCAGCCGCAGCAGGGCACUUCUGGGGACAAAGCAGUACUUCUGCAAACAGUAUUCCAUAUUCCACCACAGCCUGCACCCAGUCCUGAUCUGAAGGCACCUAGACCUUGUCAGGUGCCCUGCUCAGGCUGGGCUCUUAUUUUGCAAAGGUCCCUUCCCUGCAGAUCAGAACAGUUGGGAUGGGUGGAGAAGCAUUUCCCAAAGGAGCCUGUGCUGUGAGAUAGCUGGUGAGACCCCCUGGGAGCUGAUAAGCUCCAGAGAGCAGCAGAGCUGUUGUGUCUGGAGAAGCAGAUAAAUUUGGGACACCAUGAGGCUAUGGAAGGUUCCAGAGGCCACGGGAACACUUGAAUGUCAGCUGUGAAACCAACAUUGUGUCCAGCCACUGCUCUGGGUGGGAUUGUACCUGCUGCAAGAGCAGCCCUCAGCCUUUCAAAUUCCUUCCCAGGGUGGUAAAACACCGGCACAGGUUGUCCAGAGCAGCUGUGGCUGCCCCCUGGAUCCCUGGAAGUGUCCAAGGCCAGGCUGGAUGUGGCUUGGGGCAGCCUGGGACAGUGAAAGGUGUCCUUGCCCAUGGCAGGGGGUGGAGCAGGAUGGACUUUAAGGUCCUUUCUCACCCAAGCCAUUCUGUGAUUCCAUGAUUCUAGGAUGGACCAGGGUUGCUGACACAGGAGGAAAAGCCCUGCUGGAUUUCACUUUCCCAGUACCAUAACAGGGGCAGGGGGGCACGGGGAGCUCCCUGGGAAGCACCAGCUUUCCCUGGCUGCUGCAGAGCCACCCAAGUGGCCGCGGGGUGUUCAUCCCUGGCAGCGUUGAUGCGAUAUUGCUGCAAACUCCGCUUGAGGGCAGCCCGGCACCGGCCUGGCCCGGCCCCCGUGCGGCUGCACCGAGACUCUGCUGGAGCCGCUCCGUUCCAGCCUCACGAAAUGAAAUAAACCCGCUGCCCAGCCAGCUCACAUCUCACCGUGCAGCCUUGGCGUUGCUCUGGACCCGCUCUGCAGGGGCUGGCUGGCUUUUGCUCCGGGUUCUGCUCUCAGGGGCUCCUUGCGCCUGCAGGCCUUGGGGGUCACCUCAGGAAUGACAGGGGAGGUUCUGCCUUGAUCCUUCCAGAUCCCCAGUGCUGGCACAGGAGGGGCUGCUG